AUUUUAGUGAAUGUCACUUUUUGUCAUUUUUUAAUUUCCCGCCGUUCCGUCCCCCGUACAUCCCGACGCUCGCAGGGGACAGAACCCAGAAGACAGAUGCCGGCAUCCGCUGGAUUACAUUGCCGGGGACACUGCAGGAGGGACACCGUGGGAGCGCAGGACAAGGUGAGUGAUCGAGGGAUCGUGGAGCAACGCUGCAUGGUAAGCCCGAGUGUAGCUCGGGGUUACCGCUUGUGGUACUGAAACUUUACCCCUAGCUACACUCGGGAAUACCGCCAGGGAGGUUAACAGAAAAAAAUUUAUGUCACCUGUUUAUUGGAGAGCUCUGACUCACUUGGGGUGGGUGGACCUCUGCAGAGAAAUCACUGCUUCC